CUUGAGCGAGCGCCGGGUGAUGGCGAUGGUGAUGGCGGCAGUCCCUCGGACAGCUCCGGUUGAGCUGUGCUCAGAGAGAUCCGUCAAGAAAGUGCCCAGAAGAAACCUCCUCUCAGAAAAUCUGAAAACACAGUAUUUAUAACACUGGAAAUUGUAAAGAAUUCAUUUAAAAUGGCUGAAAACAAUAGUAAAAAUGUAGAUGUGCGGCCUAAAACAAGUCGGAGUAGAAGUGCUGACAGGAAGGACGGUUAUGUGUGGAGUGGAAAGAAGUUAUCUUGGUCCAGAAAGAGUGAGAGCUGUUCUGAGUCUGAGGCCGUAGGUACUCUUGAGAGCGUUGAAAUCCCUCUGAGGAGCCAGGAAAGGGAACUUAGCUGUUCGUCCAUUGAGUUGGACUUGGAUCAUUCCUGUGGGCAUAGAUUUUUAGGCCGAUCCCUUAAACAGAAACUGCAAGAUGCCGUGGGGCAGUGUUUUCCUAUAAGGAACUGUGGUGCUCGCCACUCUCCAGGGCUUCCAUCUAAAAGAACGAUUCACAUCAGUGAGCUCAUGCUAGACAAGUGCCCUUUCCCACCUCCAUCAGACUUAGCCUUUAGGUGGCAUUUUAUUAAACGGCACACUGUUGCUCUGAGUUCCAGUUCAGAUGAAUGGGUGAGCACAGACCUGUGUGAGAGGAGGCCGAGAGAUGCUCAGCUGAAACGAAGAAGCACAGAAGACGACAUACCCUGUUUCUCACAUACCAGUGUCCAGCCGUGUGUCAUAACUACCAACAGUGCUUCAUGUGCAGGUGGUCAUGUGACCGGUUCUCUGAUGAACUUGGUCACCGACAAUAGCAUGGAAGACGGUGAUAUGGACUCAGAGGAUGAAAUUAUAACACUGUGCACAAGCUCCAGGAAAAGGAACAAGCCCAGAUGGGAAACGGAUGACGGCAUCCUGCAAUUGGAGGCACCUCCUAAGUUCCACACCCAGAUUGAUUACGUGCACUGCCUUGUCCCAGACCUCCUCCAGAUCAGUAACAACCCGUGCUACUGGGGGGUUAUGGACAAAUACGCAGCCGAGGCUCUGCUAGAAGGAAAGCCAGAGGGCACCUUUUUACUUCGAGAUUCAGCCCAGGAAGAUUAUUUAUUCUCUGUUAGUUUUAGGCGCUACAGUCGUUCUCUUCACGCUAGAAUUGAACAGUGGAAUCAUAACUUCAGCUUUGACGCCCACGAUCCCUGUGUCUUCCAUUCUCCCGAUAUUACUGGGCUCCUAGAGCAUUAUAAGGACCCAAGUGCCUGCAUGUUCUUUGAGCCACUUUUAUCCACUCCGUUAAUCCGGACUUUCCCCUUUUCCUUGCAGCACAUUUGCAGGACAGUUAUUUGUAACUGUACAACGUACGAUGGCAUCGAUGCCCUUCCAAUUCCUUCUCCUAUGAAAUUGUACCUGAAGGAAUACCAUUACAAAUCAAAAGUUAGGCUACUCAGGAUUGACGUGCCAGAGCCACAGUGACGUGGAGAGGUUAGAAUGUCCACCCGCGAACAUAGGUUCAUUCAAUAGUUCAUUUUUCUUAUGCCUCUUUGAAUUUUUGUACAAAGGCAGUUGGAAUCCAAAAUAAAACCGUGCCCUAAGUUUUAAUUCCAGAUCAAUUUUUUUUUUCUGAUAGACUUGUUAUAUUUUAAGCAGGUGAUUCGUUUUUGUUUUUACCAUGUAAAUUGUAUACUUUUCCUUUAAUUUGCAUAUGGUCCAGGCACAUUUGCAAUUUCAAGGCAUCGAGUACACAUUUGAAUAUUCUGUAUUUUUUUAAACAAUCUUAUGCUCUUUCCUACGUGUGAAAUAGUUUGCUAAUCUAUGCUGUCAGUGUUCUUAUCUGACAGAAUGGUUACCUAUCCUCUUUAUUUUGAAACUCUUUAGUAAAGAUGAGCAUUAUAAUCAACCCAUUACAAUGUAACUGAUUUUUGUCAUUUGCUAAUAGGGAUGUUAAACAACAAAAUGAUUUAAAAUGGAGCUUAACAUAUUUUCCUUUUAAAUAUUAACUAAAACAA